AUGAGUGAUGCUCACCUCAACUCAAAUCAAUACAACUGGCUAUCAUCAAUCUUUUACUUCGGGUAUUUGCUUGCUGAAUGGCCCCAAAACUGGGCGUUGCAAAGGUUUCCUGUUGGAAAAUGGUUGGCUGGCAAUCUGGUAGUGUGGGGUGGAAUUACCCUACUACACAUUCCAUGCAACAGCUUCGCUUCCUUGUUUGUGGUCAGGUUCUUCCUCGGGGUUGCCGAAGCAUCCAUCGUGCCGGCAUUCCUCCUUUCCAUGUCUAUGUUUUUCACAUACGACGAACAGGCUGUGAUGAUGCCAGUCAUGUGGUCGAUCGGAAAUGCAAGCCCUAUCACCUCAGGCUUGCUGUCUUAUGGUGUCUUGUGGAUAGACACGGGCAGCUUCUCGCCUUGGAAAUGGUUCAUGGUGAUAACGGGUGCUCUAACGGUUAUUUUCGGUGUCUGGGUCUAUCUCUUCUUCCCAGAUAGUCCUCUCCAUGCCAAGUUCCUGACACCCGAGGAGCGUGCACAAGCAAUCUUGAGAAUCAAGCAAAACCAUUCUGGAAUAGAGCAAAAAAGAUUCAAAAGAUAUCAAUUCAUCGAAGCAGUCAAAGACCCCAAGACCUGGCUCUUCUUUUUACACGCCUGGUCGCAAGAAAUGGCGAAUGGAAUAACCAAUCAAUACUCACUCAUCAUCAACUCUUUUGGAUUCACAGUCCUUCAGACAACACUACUGGGAACUGUUAGCGGUUUGGUAUCGUUCUUUUCACUCUCAUCCGCAGCCGUUACACUAUACUACACCAAGAACUUCCGAGCAUGGAUCUCACUACUUGCAUACAUACCCGCUGGUCUGUCCAGUAUACUACUUCUUGCUUUGCCGUGGUCCAACCGGUGGGGCCUGAUUGCUGGAAUUUGGAUCCGCUCGACGGCAGGCAUACCAUAUGCAGUAGUCAUGAUCUGGGCUGCAAAUGCAUCGGCAGGUCAUACGAAAAAGACGACGGUAAUUGCACUCUAUCAUAUAGGGUAUGGACUUGGAAACAUUAUUUCGCCGCAGCUAUUCAGACCAGAGUGGAAGCCUCGGUACAGACCCACGUGGGUUAUAUUGCUUGUGAUCGCAGCAAUUCUUCCGUCAGUGAUUAUCAUCGCUCUUCGUGUCUAUCUGAGUCGGGAAAAUACACGCCGUGAUAGACUUGAAGAGGCCAGUCAUGUCGCAAACAAUGGAAUCAUUGAGACACUUGAUGCAGAGGGCGGCAAGGUCACUCGUGUUGUUGAUAACACUCAGUUGGAUUUGACUGAUAGGGAAAAUUUGAGAUUCCGAUAUGUGCUAUGA